GGUCGGAUGCCGCAGGUCCAGAUCGUAGCGCGCAAAGGCCGGGCAGGACAGAAACGAUCACGUGAGAAGCUUUGGGGAAAAGAAAAACAUCGCGGUUCCCGAGUUGGGCAGGGUCUUGUGGAGCUCUACUGCAAGACUCGCCACUUCCCCUUCUUCAGACGUGGCUGACCGGGAGUCUUAACGAUUGUUGCAUUGAAGAUUGCCCUGCCCUUGUCAAGAUGUUGCUGGCGGAAAGUAUUAUUCUGAUAUUGUCGCUGCGGACUCUAAGUUCAGCUUUUUCAAUAAAGGAACCUAAAGAAGCAAAACAGGCAUGGGGAUAUGUUCCUGUCAGAAGCAACGCAAGCAUGUUCUGGUGGUUGUACUAUGCAGAUAGUCCCACUCAGAAUUUCACACAACUUCCUCUUAUCUUAUGGCUGCAGGGAGGCCCAGGAGCUUCAGGUUGCGGAUAUGGAAAUUUUGAAGAGAUUGGCCCUUUAGAUGCUGAUCUAAAAGCAAGAAAGACAACUUGGCUGCAGGCAGCAAGUCUUCUCUUUGUUGACAAUCCUGUUGGCACUGGAUACAGUUACGUUAAUGACUCCCUUGCCUACGCCACUGAUCUCAGCAUGGUCGCUUCGGAUAUGAUGGUGGUUCUCCGAGAGUUCUUUAAAUCAAAGGUGGAAUUUCAGACGAUCCCCUUCUACAUCUUUUCUGAAUCUUAUGGGGGGAAAAUGGCUGCUGCAAUUGCUCUGGAAGUUCAUAAGGCUGUUCAAGCUGGAACAAUCAAGUGCAAUUUUCAUGGAGUAGCCCUUGGUGAUUCAUGGAUUUCUCCUCUAGAUUCCGUGCUUGCUUGGGGGCCUUACCUAUAUAGCACUUCUUUCCUAGAUGAUCAAGGCUUGAAGGAAGUCACUACAGCUGCCAAGAAGAUCCUGAAUGCAAUGAAUACAGGGGCAUUUAAGCUUGCUACGCUGCUUUGGGAUAAAGCAGAGGAUAUCAUAGAAAAGAACACAAAUGGUGUGAAUUUCUAUAAUAUUCUAACCCCUGACUCUACGAAGGACACAGCUCUUUCAUCUGCUGCAACUGAAACCACCCCAUUUUUAAAAUUGUUCCAGCGUCACGUGAAAAAUCAAAUUAACGACAAGCUGAGUGACCUGAUGAAUGGGCCCAUCCGGAAGAAGCUGAAAAUAAUUCCAGACCAUGUCAAAUGGGGAGGGCAAUCAACAGGUGUAUUUAUGAAUAUGGCUGAAGACUUUAUGAAAAAUGCAAUUGAUAUUGUGGACAGCUUGCUGGAGGCCAACGUGAAUGUCACUGUAUACAACGGGCAGCUGGAUCUCAUCGUUCCUACAAUAGGGCAAGAAGCUUGGCUCCGGAAGCUAAAAUGGCCCAAGCUGAAAGAAUUUAAUGCACUGAAGUGGCAGCCUUUGUACACCUGCCCAAAAUGCACAGAGACGGCUGCUUUUUAUAAAUCCUAUUGUAACCUGAGCUUCUUCUGGAUCCUCAAGGCUGGCCAUAUGGUCCCAGCUGACCAGGGUGACAUGGCGCUGAAGAUGCUUAGGAUGGUCACCCAACAAAAGCAAUGACUAAAUUAGAGCCAGCUGGCUUGGCUCCUCUACAGAACAAAAAACAGGUUGUUUGGAAUCUUUUUGUGGCACCCUGAAAGAAGAAGGAACAAUGACACCACUGUGUUUUGAUUUUCUCAGAUACUAUGCCAGGCAUUUUAAGGAGACGGAUAGAUGGAAAUAAUUUGCUUUCUCCUGUGGUGACUUCUUUUGUAAAAUGUGAAGAUCUCUUGAUCCACUUCUGGUUAGUAUAAUCCUUAAAUGCUGGAAAAGGAAGGUAUGAAUAAAUCAGGGCAUUUUGUAGGCUGUGUGUGGCCUCCAUGUUGCAGCCUCAGAAGAUCCUCCUUUUGUCCUGCAGUAUCUGGCAAAAUUGGUGAGAUUUCAGCGAUACUCUUUUGAGGUAGGUUUUGCCAAAAGAAAGUAGAGAUGGACCAAUCAGUCCCCCAGAGGUUAAAUGCAUCCAUUUCCAACUUCUAAACGCUCCCAAAAUGCCUCCCAUCCAGACUCAGGCCCAUCCAGUUGGAUACAUCAUUGUCCUAGCCUCCAAAUAGUCUGGAGUAGCUCCCAGGACAAAAGAGGUUUCCCACUCUUGAAGCAAUAUUUUCUCAAGGGCAAUGUUUCCUUUUGACUGAUUUUCAUUCUCUUUUUUAUGUAUACAUGCAUACCUUCCACUUGGAGCCUAUUUGUAGAUAUUUCCUUAUCCAGACCCAUGAAUUUUGAAUUGAAGCCAGAGAAUCUUUCAGCUGGAGCACUCUUCUGCCUCCUCAGGCAAUAGAUCUUGUGGAGGUUGCCCCACAGCUGAUGCCCAAAGCCAUCACCCUUCUUUCUGUCAGCCUUUGCAGCUUGAUUGAAAACAAAGGGUUGGAUUCUUAUUUAAAUGAGAUUUGCUGCCUAGAAAGAGAUAUUCAGGAUUGACAGGCCUAAGUCCGACUGCAUACAGAGCUAAGACCUCACUUCUAAAGUAGAAACUGUUGUUUUCCUUGGCUUCCAACAGGAGGAAAUAUAGGAAUAAAAGCAGCAACCUGGAGCAAAGGUUCAGCAUGUCCAAAUCUUGAUCUUUAGGCUAAUGGACUUGUCUAAGCCAGGGGUGAGUAAGUAUGGCCCCUUUACGACCUGUGGACUUCAACUCCCAGGAUUCAUGACUGGCUCAGGAAUUCUGGGAGUUGAAGUCCAUGGGAUGUAAAGGAACCAUAAUUGCCCAUCUCAGUCUAAGCAAAGGUCAAAUUAUUGAAUUGUUUGUCACAGUCCAUUGGUUGCCCUCUAACACGACUGGAUGACAUCACCAGGUUUUGCUGCUUUAACAGAGUAAGGAAAAUAGAGGUGAUUCACACCCUGGUCAGUGUCUCUUCGCAUUUGUACCAUUGGGCA